GCGGGACUGUACAUGUGUCAAAGGUCAUAAAAAUGGCAACGCACUUCCGCAGAGAAGAUGGUUGACCUCGCAAGUAUUUGUCGUUUUUCCUUCAACCGGUCCAUCUUUUCCACCAUAACUAGGCCCGAACCGUACAAGGUCAACUUGUGUGUCCUUAGCAUGUCCAAGGAUGCCGUCUUACGACAGGAAUUAGACGAUUUGUCUGAUAUUGUCUACGACCUGAUCCGAGACAUCCGUGAUCCUGAGAAGGACAACACGCUAGAGGAGCUGGAUGUUGUGUAUGAGAGUGGAGUCCAUGUGGAGCCAUGGGGGGAGGACAAGUUCCACAUCAGCAUAGAGUUCACACCAACAGUACCACACUGCUCAUUGGCUACUCUUAUAGGUCUUUGCCUCAGAGUAAAACUGGAAAACAACCUGCCACAACACUACAAGCUUGAUAUCACUGUUAAAGAUGGAACACACUCCACAGGCCCAGAAAUCAACAAGCAGAUAAAUGACAAAGAGCGGAUAGCAGCAGCAAUGGAGAACCCAGAUCUCAGGGCAGUUGUUAAUAAGUGUGUACAGGAUCCAGAGUAAAUUGUUAUGGAGAAUGUUUUUGUUAGGGCUCUCUCCAGCUCCAAAUUCUGGUCAGCCCUUUUAGUUUCAUGUUGACAGAGCAAAGCUUGGUAUCUAGCAGUUGUAAGUCAUCAAUGGUGGUUAGGGGGUAUGAAAAUGUCAACCCUCAGAAAUGCUAUUUCCCACAUUUCAAGGGGGCAUAUUCAGUUCAUGAAGAUAUUUGGCACUGAUAAAAAUGUUGUGAAGUUAUGUUUGUCAAGUAGGACAAAAUAGUCUUCCAUUAAAAUUAUUAUGUUCAUGGUGGAGAGAGCCCUAUACCUGUAACAUGUAUUGUACAAACUUUGAGGAAUACUGUACAGGCAUUCCAAAAUUAUUAUUAAACAGAAAGUAGCAUAAUAACAAGAUGUUAGUGAUUCUGCAUGGAUUUGACACUACAUGUAUUUGGUGCUCAUGGUGGCUUAGCCUGGGUUCCAUCUUAUUUCUACUGGGGCUCUUUACACUCGCUGUCCUAAAACAUUUGUUUAGGGCAGCGAGUGUAAGGAGAAAUAGGAUGAUACCCAGGAUAUGGUAGCUAGGUGCAAUAUUGUAUUUUUUCAGUAUUAACUUUUAAUAGCUGUACACUUUGUUCCUACCUUAGUCAGGUAAGGUUACAAGGCACUUUCACGUUACUUGUCUAUAGUAUGGUGUUAUUUGAUAUGAUUGAAGAUUUCAUUGGUUUUAUUGUAAGAUAAAGUGGUUUAAUUCUGUAAGAUAUUGAAUAUACAUGUAUAGUACCGAUACAAUGACUGAGUUGGAAUAUGUCUAAAGAUGUAACAUUUGGGAUCUCUCUGGAUCCUAGUACAUGUACAUGCAUUUCCGAAUGUGAUAAAGGUUAAUAAAACAAUUUAGUCUAAAAUCUGUUUCAGGUGUUAUUGAUGUUGUUCCAUUGCUGCUGACAUGUAUGGUAACAACGACGACAUAAGGCAGUUCAUUGUUUAAUGGCAACUUUUAAUACCCCAUGGUUUAGCAUGAUGUAGAUCUGACACAUUUGACUAAUGGCACCCCAGAUAGCCCUGGUGAAAGAUAUACUCCAACACAAACAGGAUUGUUGACAGAACAUAAGUUGACUGCAUGGCACAUAGGUAUGUAGGACACUCAGGUGGACAGCCAUAGAAAGCAUUCCGUCCCAUCAGUGAAUUUUUACAAAAAAUCAACAUCCCAUAAAGUGUCGAUAGUGCAGAGUGAACAACACAAGCAACUCUAGCAUUCUCCCGAAUUAUGUCUACUUGUCCCAAAUUAUGUCUACUUUUAGGAUUUCUCAAAGAUUGUUAAGAUAAUGAUCCAGAUGUGGCAUUUUCAUGGAAACCUUUUAUUCAGCUGUCCAUGGCCUUUGACUAGAAAGCAGCCCUAUCAUUAUGUAAUUCUGAUGCCAGGUUUGUACUGAUUUUCUGGUUAGACAGCAGGGAAUAGGUUAAAACUAUAAACAGACUCUUGAACAAUGUCCUCUACAUUUCUUUCCUCCACACUUGACAAGUCUAUAUCUACAUAUAUGUCACAAAUGAAAUAUCAAGAGUUGACUACAGCUCUAGUAGGUUUGAUUGCAAAGUCUAAGUUAGGUUGUAACACCUCUUAGAAUCAAGUUUGGACUGCAUAGUGAACGUUGAGCAUCACUUUACACCUCAGAGCGGAGGAAUUUUUUGUCAGAGCGAUCAAGCACAAGAAAGGCCCGAUACCUCACACGUUAUCAAAUUUUCACCACACUAUCCUACCCUGAAGACUGCACCCUGCAAAGACAAUAUGCUAGGAUGAAUUGGGAUACAUAAAGGUUGCAGUAAUGGUAAAGAAGGUGGUGUCCACACAAAAUUCCAUGAAAAACUGCAAGGGUUUAACAGCAAUUUUCAGCAAGCAAAAAUCUUUCAAUACAUGAAGAUCUUUUGCUGGAAAUGAGCUGACGGCACCACCAACCAUGGAAAGUUUGCCUCCGAUAUCUACUAUGUAUGUACUACUUUUGUAUGUUUAAAAAUUAACCUCUUUGGAUCAUGUUACCUGAAGCACAGAUCAUAGGACAAUUUUUUUAUUACAGUAUAACAAAGAGCAAAGAUCACAACAUGAAUAUGGUACAAUUGUAAAGCCAAUUUUCUAAUAUUCCACGCCCAC